GUACAGGGAGCCUUUCAAUCUCCUACCGGGCAUCUUCCUUUGUGAAUUUUCCCUCAAUCUCCUAGGGCGCACGCGACUGCCCAUUUACUCACCAUGUCGACCACAGGUGGUGAAGUUGGCAAGGCCAAAUCAGAAUCUUCAAACUCCCUCUCCAGCUUGGUCUCGACCCUCAUACCCACUGCCAUCAUCGCCUUUGCCUUUGUGGCUGCCUUCUUCGUUGCGCGCAAAUAUUUCCGCAGGGUUUACGCGCCGAGGACGUACCUCAAUCAUCUGGGGCAGCAGCGACAGACGCCAGCACCGAGUCCGGGCUUCUUUGGAUGGGUGAAAGACUUCAAAAACCUCAAGGACGAGUACAUUCUCGAUCACCAAUCGAUUGACGGCUACCUCUUUGUCCGCUUCUUCAAACUCCUCAUCAUUACCUGUUUUCUAGGAUGUUUGAUCACUUGGCCCGUGCUCUUCCCCGUCAAUGCCACUGGAGGCGCUGGACAGGAGCAGCUCGACCUGCUGUCCAUGAGCAACAUCGACCCCACCGGUACCAAUGUCAAUCGCUACUAUGCCCAAGCUGGAGUUUCCUUCAUCUUUCUCAGUUUGAUCUUGAUCAUCAUUGGCCGCGAGUCUUUCUUCGUAGUCAAUCUUCGUCAAGCAUACCGCCGCUCGCCAUGGGGUGCCAGCCGAUUGUCAUCGCGCACAAUCUUGUUCACCAACGUUCCCAAGGAUCUUUCCCAGUCGGCCCUCUUUGACAUGUUCCCAGGUGUCAAGCAUGCCUGGGUUGCCUCGGAUACCAAGGAGUUGGAUGAUCUGGUCGAGGACCGCGACGACACCGCUCUGAAGCUGGAAGCUGCCGAGAUUGAUCUAUCACGUGAGGCCAACAUGAACAGACUCAAGGCUGAGAAGGGCAAGAAGCACUAUGUUGCCGAAGACGUAGCGGAUGGUUCCAAGUGGAUCGACCCCAAGAAGCGCCCAACACACAAGCUCAAGUUCUUGAUCGGCAAGAAGGUUGACACUAUCGAGUACGGACGAUCGCACCUGGCUGAGCUGAUCCCCAAGAUUACGGCGGAACAGGAUAAGCACUGGAACGGCGAGGGCGACCUCGUGGGUGCUGUGUUUGUCGAGUUUGAGACGCAGAAGCUCGCCCAAGAUGCCUGGCAAAUGAUGCAAUCCACCAAGGCCAAGCCCAGCAAGCAGCUCAAGGCACGCCAACUCGGUGUCAUGCCUCAGGAGGUUGUGUGGAGCAAUCUGCGCAUCAAGCCCGCUGAGCACCUCGUUCGAUGGGCUGUUGCCACUGGCUUUAUCAGUGUUAUGAUUAUUUUCUGGGCAGUUCCUGUCGCCUUCGUCGGUCUUAUCUCCAACAUCAACUACCUGGCCGAUCGUUUCCCGUGGCUCGAAUGGAUCCUGGAUAUCCCCAAGCCUAUUCUCGGUGUAAUCACUGGUCUGCUUCCAUCCGUCAUGCUUGCUGUUCUGAUGGCGCUUGUGCCUAUUGUCUGCCGCCUGAUGGCCAAGCAAGCCGGAUACGUGACGUACAGUCAGAUUGAACUAAAGACUCAGAACUGGUACUUUGCAUUCCAGGUCGUGCAAGUUUUCCUCGUCGCAACACUUUCCAGCGCCAUUACAUCCGUCAUCAACCAGGUUCUGGACAACCCAGGCAUCGUUCUUCAGCUCCUCGCCACCAACCUGCCAAAGGCUUCCAACUUCUACAUCAGCUACUUCAUCCUCUUGGGCCUGUCCUCGGCUGCCGGUACCCUCCUCAACAUCGGUGGCUUUGUCGUCGUAGUCCUCCUCGGCCGUGUUCUGCCCGGCAAGACUCCUCGCAAGAUCUUCGACAAACUCACCAAGCUUUCGGCGCCUUCGUGGGGCUCCGAGUUCCCCAAGUGGAUCAACUUGGGUGUGAUUGCCAUUACCUACUCUGGAAUUGCUCCGCUUAUCCUCGGUUUCGCUACUGUUGGCUUCUCCCUCAUCUACGUUGCUUUCCGCUACAACUUCCUCUAUGUAUACGAGACCGAUCUUGACACUAAGGGUGAGGCGUACCAAAAGGCUCUGCGUCAACUCCUUACUGGUGUCUACCUCUCUGAGAUCUGUCUCAUUGGUCUUUUCGCCAUCGCCACGGCUGACAACAUCCAAGCCAUUGGUCCAUUGAUCAUUAUGGCCAUCAUGCUUCUGCUCACCAUCAUCUUCCAAUUCACACUCAAGUUUGCCCUGAAGCACGAGGAAGCCCGCCUAGCGUACGCUGACCCCUCCGGUCACGGCGGCAUGAUCGGCCACCACGAGGAUGGUCUCCGCGGCUCGUCCGCCGAAAAGGGAGCCAGAGCCGAGGCAGGAAACAGCCAUCAGCCCAGCCCAACCAAGGUGCCCAUGUUCCUGCGUAAAGUGCUGAACCCAGAAAAGCAUUCCAUUCACGUCCUAUCCAACUCGCUCGACCAGUUCUACCACAAGCCGCAAGACCCGCUCCCAAUCGAAAUCCAGAAGCGUGCUUUCUUCAACCCGUCAGUCACGAAGCCCACGCCUGUGCUCUGGAUCGUCAGGGACGACAUGGGUAUCAGCAGGCGCGAGAUCCAGGACACGCAAAAACAGGUUCCGGGACUCGUCAUGACGGAUGAACAAGCGACGUUUAACGAAAAGGGCAAGGUGUAUUGGAAGGGUGUCGAGGAUGGUCACUCCCGCGAGGCACCUGUUUUCGAUGAGAGAAUCGUUUACUGA